AUGCUGAACUGCGAUGCGCAACGCGAUCCUAAUGCGAUGAUGACCGCGGCCGAUAGUAACAGCUCUGGCCAGACGGUUGGUAGCUGCGUGAUGAACGCCGGCCUGAAGGCGGCGACCACCGAAGGUGGCCAUAUCAAGCGUCCGAUGAAUGCUUUCAUGGUUUGGUCCAGGGGCCAGCGGCGCAAGAUGGCGCAAGAAAACCCGAAAAUGCACAACUCGGAGAUCAGCAAGCGCCUUGGCACCGAAUGGAAGAACUUGAGCGAAGCCGAGAAGCGUCCGUUCAUCGACGAAGCGAAGCGUCUGCGAUCGUACCGUCCACGCCGCAAACCGAAGAACAUCUUCAAACAGAAGGACAAACAGUAUGCCGGCUUCAGUUUGCCGUGUCUGCACUCACAGAUGGACUCACUGAUGUUUGGUCGCGGUUUCGCGACGACUUUCGACGCUGAAAAGGCGGCUCGUGCGUUCCUAUCACCGCCCGCCGUCACCUAUCCGUCUGGAAACGGAUUUUAUCCAUCCAGAUUCGAUGCUUCGUCGGCAGAAGCGGUAAGUAAACUGACCGAUAUGUCCAGCGCGUUCCACAAGGCUACCACCGAGUUAGCUCAGGCCGCCGUGGCCGCCGCAGCUAACACAUCUUUCUACCAUCCUACAAACAUUUAUCACCCAGGCUCAGCUGCUACUCAGCUGCCAACGUCCUUGUUUGGCAGCAAUCUGCCAGUCGUUAACGCUCCUUCCGCAUUUUCUGGUACUCUAAAUUUACCGUACAGUGGGUCUUACGCAGCUACGAUCAACUGCGGCACUCCGCAGGACCCAAUGUCUCGGUCCGCAAACUUGGCUGCGUACCUUAAGCCCGAAUACAUGUUCAUCAGACAAGAUGCCUCGCCGACCGCUGCCGCAUCGUACAUUUACGCCGGCACGACUCCUUUGAUUUGA